CCCAUCGGCCCCUCCUCUCUCUCCCCUCCGCACAAGCCCUCGCACCCCGUGCUUUUUUUGCCCCACUCCAUCCACCCUGCCACAUCCCCCCGUCGUCACCGCCACCGCCGCACCACCCACACCCGCCGGCACCUCGCCUGGGAUCCCCCCACACAACCAUGCCGCCCAAGCGUGACGUUCACCUCCAAACCGGCGAGACCGCGGAGUUCCCCAUUACCUGUUCCAAGUGUCUCGGAGACAACCCGUACAUUCGGAUGACGUGCGAGUCCAUGGGUAAGCAGUGCAAGAUCUGCGACCGCCCGUUCACCGUCUUCCGUUGGAGUGGCGGAGACACCGGGCGCUACCGGCGGACGGAGAUUUGCCAAGUAUGCACGCGUGAGAAGAACAUCUGCCAGUCGUGUGGUCUGGAUCUGGAGUUCGGCCUCGCGCCGCACAUCCGCGACCGGGCGCUCAAGAUGACGGAGUCUCUGCCGCAAAACCUCAUCAACCGCCAGUACCACAUCCAAAACCUGGAGGCCAAGCUGGCCGGGGAUGAGUCUGCCCAGACCGAUGGCGGGGCGGAGUUCUUUGCCGAACGCCGGGCUAUCAAGUCUGACGUGGUGGACCACCUGACCGGCAAGGCGCUCGCAUUGCUUGAGCAGGCCGAUCCCGUCGAGGGCAAGGUCAGUGAGGAUGUUCUCAGCUCGCUGAAGACCUUCGAUCCGCGCAUGCGCUUCCAGGGCCUGGGUGGGUCGACCGGCCGGCCGACUGUCGGGGCCGAGCCUCCAGCCGAUCCCACAUUCAAGCGCCUGUUUGUCUCCAACGUCUCGGACUCGGUGUCCAACCAGGCCAUCAUCGAUGCGCUUGCCCCUGUGACGCAGGUCCAACGGGUGGUCGUCAGCCGGGAAAAGCGCUGUGCCUUUGUCGAGUGCGCCACGCGCGCCGGGGCUGAGAAGGCCGUCGGAUCUUUCUUCCGGUCGGGGCUUACCACUGCCUCUGGGGAACGCUUGCGCGUGUCGUGGGCGCGUUCCGCUGGCGGGCGUCCGGUCGCCGGCAACCGCGAGCACGGCUCCGGCGCCCCGCCCGGCAGUGAGGCCAACUUCGACACUGUCUUCCGCCUGGCUCCUCCGCCCGGGCAGCAGAAUGGCAAGCGCUCGGCCCUGCACCUGGCCUCUACCCAGGCUGACCGCCAUGGCUCGACGCUGGGUGGGCCUCAGUCGACCGGCAAAUCGACCGAGGGGGAGCCCGUCCUUUCGGGCCAGACCACGGUCCCCGGUGGGCGGGGCACCAAGCGCCAGCGCAAUUAGACUGCGGCGGGACGCGCUGUCCCCCAGUACGCGCCAAGAUUGGCCACUCUGCGCUCCCUCCGGGGGCCCCCUGGCCCUUUGGCUUUCUUUUUUGCCCGUCCCUCUUUCUCUCGUGCAACUGUGCCCCUCUUUGUGCCUCGCCGCCAUCCCUUGCGUUACCCCGAAGGGGGAAAAUAUACAUGACAAUUUCUUCUA